GCAUUAUUUAUUUUUAGCUCUGGCGUGUGUCCGGUGUACCGGGGCCUAGCUGAUGCACCCAGGUGGUUUUGCUAAGGUGCAUGUUUAGGUUUUCCUGGAGAUUAUGAGUCUUCAGCAGUGUAGACCGACACUGUGUCUCUCUCCAUGUUGCAAGAGAAUUUGUGAGCUAGAGGGGGUCUACGCACAGACGCAGAGGGAGAGACAGAGGAGCAAACGAUGGCAGGACUUUGUGGGGAAACGAAUUACUUAAAGCAACAUCAAACUACAUUGGUCCAAACGAUACGUACCCAGCUCAUCUCGUGUGUUGUGGCUGUGGAUCUUGACACUCACUGGGCUCCAGUGUGCUCCAUGACGCCUCGUACGAGGUCAGACAGAGGACAGCAACCCCACUUCCCAUUUCCCUUUCAAAACCUCAACCCCCAUCGCUACAGCAGGCCAGCUUAAGUUCCCAGAAUGCACCUCUCCAGCCGGCUGACCCCCGGGUCGGCAGCUGUCAAUCACAUCCUCAGCUGGCUCUGGCAGCUUCUGGACAUGGAGCGGAGGAUGUGAGGGAGGCCUCUGAGAGGAGCACUGCCUCUGCAUAAGGGAUCAUCUCUGUGCAUUCAUGGCGGAGCCGGGAGGCGGCAGGGGGAGACCUGGGACUUCCAACAGGCUGAACUGAUUUCCUGUGCAGGGUCAUGCUCAGGACAGGCUUGGAGGACAAGGGUUUAGGACCAUGAGGAGUGAGCUCAAAAUGGAAUCAAAUGGGGCUUAUGAGGCCUCUCAGACCAAAUGGACCUCAUGUUUACACACUUGUCCUUCAGCUGAACUGCGUGCGGCCUCAGGUAUCCUGACAGAUGGUGAGAUGUCCCCAAAACCAGCGGUACCGUGUCUGAACCUGACCAGCAGGAGGACGCCAGAAAACUCUCCGGGACUGGAGCACGGCGGCUCCGGCUCCUUUCUUUCCUGCGAUGAGCUGCAGAAACCCUCGCACCUUCCCCCUCCUCUUCCUCACCGUCUCAGCCUGCGGGGGGAUGUGUAUGCUGCCGCCAUGGGCAGGUUUGGUGAUGCUGCGGCGGACUUUACGCACGGCGCUGCGCCGGCGAACCCGCCCGCCUCACCAUCCAAACACAGCAAGUUCUUGGACAGUAUAAACCAGGAUCAAAAGGGGACGGCGAUAAGCGGCAAGCCGACGUUUUACGAGAGUAAUUCGGAAGUCAGAGGGAAAGGAGCUCCAAAGGCCAUGGGCUAUCCUGGUAUUGUCACAGACUGUUGUGGCAAACUCAAAGAGACAGGCAUCACUUUACAUGGGGACUCUAUCGCUGACUCCAUCGACUUAUCAGGCAAGAACAAGAAGCGGCGCAAUCGCACCACCUUCAGCACUUUUCAGCUGGAGGAGCUGGAGAAAGUGUUUCAGAAGACGCACUACCCUGACGUGUACGCCCGGGAGCAGCUGGCCCUGAGGACUGAGCUCACAGAGGCUCGGGUUCAGGUUUGGUUCCAGAACCGGAGAGCCAAGUGGAGGAAACGGGAACGCUAUGGGAAGAUCCAGGAGGUCCGCAACCACUUUGCCACCUAUGAUAUCUCUCUUCUCCCUCGCCAUGACACAUACCAGAUGCAGGGCAACCUGUGGCCAGGGGCGGCUUCAGGAGGAAGCGGUGGCUCAGGUGCUGGCUGUGUCCUGGGAGCUGACUCCAUCCCCUCGUCCUGCAUGAGUCCAUACGCUCACCCCCACAGCAAUCUGCAGGGCUUCAUGGGCAUGCCCACAUCCCCAAGCCAUCCCCACCAUCACCACCCACCACACCAUCCGGGCAUCAACGGCCUGUACUCGCUCCACAGCUUCCCAGGAGGCCUCGGGUCCCCUUCCAUCGAGGGGCCCGACACUGAAUAUAAGCCGACGGGCCUGGUGGCGCUGCGGAUGAAAACCAAAGAGCCAGGCAGCAUCCUCUCCUGGCCUACAUGACCACAACAGUGCCAGCUCCCCAUUAUGCACUGACUGAGCCAAAGCAUAUUACAUUUCUGACCCAUACACAACCCCCAAUGUACACACCCACCUCAGCAUAUGACUAAUAUUUCCUCUUAACAAUUAUAUAAGCCAACUCGGUGACAUUAAACAUUUCAGAAGAUAGUGGAACAGGAAUGUCAUGAAAAUUGAGGGCAUUGAGCCUCUUGCGCAAAAACACCCAGCGUAUUAUUAGGUACUUUAUUGUUUCCAGUUUUACUUUGAUAUCACAAUGCUGAGACCAAAGAGGAAAAACUAUUUAAGCAUGUAAAAAUUGUAAUUAUCAUAUUAAUCUUUUUUUUUUGUCUGUCGUGCUUUGUAGUGUGACCAUUAAUAAAGGCCUCAAUCUAAAUAA